AUGCUUUCGCCGUACUUUGCGUUUGCGCCAGUGCCUGUCAGUGGCGGCUUAGUCUUUGACCUGUUCACGGUCGUGGCCUUCAUCGACGCACAUCAUACCGUCUGCCACCGACUACUCCAGAGCGACUGCCUCUCAGGAGAUGCGCGGGAGGAUGUCAUCGUGGAGUCUUGCACGGCCGCUUAG